AUGAGUCCACGGCGGAGAGUUGUCAAGGAGGAUCGUCUAACAAUAUCUCGGCGCAGUAAGCGAACGAAGAUCUCGCCGAAUGGAGUAGAAGAAAACACAGCCCAGAUCCCAAUUGAACUUGUUUUCGAGAUACUCUUGAGACUGCCGGCGAAAUCUCUAGCGGCUUGUCGUUGCGUGUCGAAGCUUUGGUGCUCCGUGAUCAGCCGUCAGGAUUUCGCGGAGUUGUUCUUGGCCAGAUCUGUGCAUCGCCCGCAGCUCUUGUUCACCUGCGAAAAAGAUGGUAAGCUCUGCUUCUUCUCGUCACCACAACUUCAAAAUCCGGAUGAGAACUCGUCCGCCGGUUCUCUUGCGAGUUUCUCCUCUUCUUCUCUCGUCUCUCGUCCUAUCAAUGGCUUGGUAUGUCUUGAGCGAUUCGUUACGGAAACGAAUGAAACGGUGAGAGUGAUAUGUAGUCCUAGCACGGGACAGUGCUUAAACUUGCCCAAACCGACGGCGUGGAGUGGGCUUCUUGUUACAAGCUUUUUCGUGUAUGAACCGAUUGAGAAACAGUUCAAGGUAUUGUUGUCUUAUCCAAUUGAUGAGCAUCUAGUUCUAACUCUAGGAACUGGAGAAUUGUCUUGGAGAAAGAUUGAAUGUUCCAAGCCUCAUUAUAUUCCUAGGUUGUCUGAGAUAUGCAUCAAUGGUGUUUUGUAUUAUCCAGCUACCGAUUCCUCUUCAUGGAAGUACGUAAUCGUUUGCUUUGAUGUUAGCUCCGAGAAGUUUAGGUUUAUUACAGCCAUGGAAGAUUUCAUUGAAGCCGCGCAUGACGGAGUUCUGAUCAACUACAAUGGUAAAUUAGCUUCACUUGUUUCUGAAAAGGAUUGGGUUGUUGAUGGAAGAAGUAAAAGCAUUGAGUUGUGGGUUCUACAAGAUGUGGAAAAGCAGGAAUGUAUUAAGCAUACCUACUUGUUGCCCUCUUGGUGGCAGGAUAUUGUUGGAACUGCUACUUGUAAAUUUGUUGGAUUGACCCCUUCAAACGAGAUUAUGUUGUCGCCGUGCUAUCAAACUGUGCAUUUCUACGUCUUCUACUUCAAUAUCGAGAAACAAACGAUGAGAAUAGCUGCAAUACGAGGAAUGGAAGCGCUUCAGGGUCACAGAGUCCUCACCUUUUUAGACCAUGUAGAAAACGUUAAGCCUAUCCUUAUGUUUUAG